CACCGUGCACUUCAGCAAGAACAAACACACCUGAGAGACCCAAGAGGACACGGAUCAGCUCCACUUUCGACAGUGAACUCAAUUCACUUCACUUGACGCUGCUUUUACUCCACAAGCGCUUGAAUAGAUCGAUUAUCGAUCAUCUGCGACUCGACAGUGAGUGAUUCUGUGCGACCAGAAGGUCAAAGUGCGCCAAAGUGUGUUUCUGAAGAGCACAGAGAGACUUCAAGGAGACUUGAGAAACUGAUUAACUGAACUAACAGCAGAACGACACGAGAAACACCACGUGAUUGGCAUUAGAGAAACGAGAGCUGCUGAAGUGCAUUGUGGGAGUGUAAAGAGGUGGAAGAACUGAAGGAACCGCGUGACAAACUGAGCGACGUGAUGCCAGGAAUGAGUGCGCAGGACAGCAGCACGCAUUCCACUCUUAACGGCGAGCAGCAGCGCAGCGGCCCUCAGUCCGAGGAUGAGCCCACCACCCCCAAAGUCCGGCCCAACCCCAGGUACCAGCUCUUCCUGGGCUCCAACGGCUCCAGCCGCUCCAAUGGGUCGGGGGACGGUGGCGGGAGCAACGGGAAUCUGAUGAGGGUCAGUUCAAUGAUGCGCGGAUCCAUGGAGUCGCUCUCAUCCCGGGACUGGGACAGCAUGUCCGACAGAAUGGGUGGCUUUGAAAGUCCUCCCCGAGUUUUCAACAGUCCGUAUUCAACGCUCUCACUGGAAUACAAUCCCAUCAACAGAAUGUCUGACUUCAAGACACAGGAAGUGAUGUCACCCACCUUCUCUGAGAUGAACCUGUUUGGUCUGAACAGAAGUGUGAGUCCUGUUGGCAGUCCAGCUAUGAACCAGCGCACACGAGUCCACGGAUACGAGAGUCUGCCCCGCAGACGAGACGCGACUCCAAGUCAACUCAUGCAACGAAACAACCAGCCGAACAAACUGGAUUUCAUCCAGGAGCUGACCAAACAGCUGGACGACUGUCGCAGGAGGAACCAGUUUCUGGAAGCGGAGAGCAUCGAGAUGGAGAAGGAGAGGAACCAGAUCCGCUUCGAGAUGCGAGGUCUGCUGGUGAACAACGAAGAUCUGCUGCGGACGAACACACAGAUGCAGGGCGAGACCAACCGUCUGCGAGAGAAGAUCGUGGAGCUAGAGAGCAACAACAACGUCAUGCAGGAGCGCUUCAGAAAGAUGGAGAUAGAGCUGAAGGAGGCGCGCGAGGUGAUGGUCGAGGCAAACACUCAGGAAUACGCCUUCAACUUCCUGCAGCAGACGCUCAAGAACAAAAUACAGGACACUGAGGAAGCUCUGGAGAAACAGACUCAACACAGUCAGACUGUGUCAGAGAAACUGUGGCUCGCCGAGAGAAACCUGGAGGAGCUGGAGCUGGAGAAGGACACCAAGGCCAAGAAAGCUCUGGAACUCAGCAACACUGUGUCCAGACUGGAGAAAGAGCUGGCAGAGGCUCUUCAGGAGGGGAACCAGGCUCGAGCGGAGCUGAGUUUGCAGCAGAAGCUGAGAGCUGAUGUUCAGCUGCGGAUGGAGGAGCUGGAGGAGAGCGUGCUGGAGAAGGACCAGGAGCUGCUGCGCCUCACACAGAUCGUCAGCAGACUGCAGGGAGAGGUGACGUAUAAGCUGAGUGAUAAGGAGCAGACGCUGGAGGAGGAGAUCCAGCUGCGAGAGCGUGUUCAGCUGCAGUGUAAACAGGCCGAGAGGACGGUGGAGGAUCUGCGCAUGGAGCUGCAGACGCUGGGACAGUCCCGAGACGAGCUCUCCAAACAGCUGAAGCUGGCUCAGGAGAAGAUCAUCGAUCUGGAGGCUGAUCUGGAGGAGCUGCAGGAGAACGAGCAGCGAUCGGCGGCCAAACACAAGAGAGCUCUGGAUCAGUCGGAGCAGCUGCAGAUGAAGCUCAUCCAGGAGAAAGAUCUCAACAAUCAGCUGGAGGGUGACAAGGCCAUCCUGGAGAGACAGCUGCGGGAUCUGCGCAGAGAGAUGGAGGAGCUGCAGAAUAACAGAGUGGAGGUGGACUCCAUCAACAGAGCCGAGAUCAAAGCCAGAGAACUGGAGAACACACUGAGAGCCGAGGAGAGGAGUAAAGUAGUGAUGAGCAACACCAUAAGCAAACUGGAGAAGAAGAUCCUGGAGCUGACGGAGCAGAUGGAGGAGGAGCACAAGAUCUCCAGCGAGCAGAGAGAGCUGAUGAAUCAGCGAAUCCGUUCACUGAAGCGGCAGCUGAACGAGGCAGAGGAGGAGGCGAGUCGACGGGACGUCCAGCACCGAAUGACACACAGAGAACUGAUGGAGGAGAGAGAGACUAACAGCCGUCUGCAGAGACAAGUACUGGACCACCAGCUGCAGAACAAGAGGAAAGAGUCCAGACACACUCUUGAAAGCCUGAAUCUGAACCUGAGUGAGGAUGAUGUUGGUAAAGAAGAGGAAGAGAAGCAACAGAGUGAGUCCCAACCCACAGAGAAGCAGAUCACUCAGGUGUGACUGGACCCCAGCCAAAUCCCCCUGUAAACCUGCUGUUUCCCCUCAACUAUCAAAGACUUCAAACCAAAACAUUCACACAAACCACUUGAGUCCAGGUCUACGAGAGAGAGACCGGAUCCAGAGAUGCUCUGCGUGAACAGGAAGUGGAAAACACUGUGGGAAAGCUCUUUCCUGUGGACUGACACUCUUAGGGUUUUAUUGAGAAGCUCUUUCAGGAGACUCUACCAAACCUGGUUACAGUAAGCUACCGCGUGCAUUAGUUCUCUAUCAAGCUCUCCUUUCUGUUUCUGUUGUUAUUUUCAGUUCAAUCAGCCGUUUACAUUAUGCAUAUAUUAAUAUAAUGGAGAUUAUGAAGUGAUGAAGUGUUUGAGAUUGAUUUGCAUGCGUUCAGCGAUCAGGACAGCUGAUGUAUGGACCUGUGCUGAUUGUAUUCUGCUGAAGGUUUUUAGGGAAUCCUCUUUAUUAAGUGUUGAUGAUGCUGUGUGUCUCUGAAACACAGCAGCAGUUUCUGCUCCAGGGUGUUCAUGUGUACUACCGCAUGGUAAUAAAAUAUUAUAAACCAA